CUAUCAUUGUGGUGAUGCAGGUAAGCAAUCAAUAUAAAGGUGUUAAAUUAGCAUCUGGUCAGGAGAUAUUUAGCCAUCAACUUGUUAUGGAACCAUCGUUUACAAUUUCGUCAUCAGCUUUAUCUUUAUUGGAUGAUAAAGUUUUGGAUGGUUCACACCUGCUAGUAUGGUUGCUAAAGGAGUGAUCAUAGCAAACAAGGCCAUCCAGCAAGAUUCAUCUAACAUUCUCGUGCUCUUCCCCCCUAGAUCUUUGUUCUUUCAGCAGUCAACAACUGUACGAGCUCUUCAAGUGUGUAGCAGUGUGGCAAUAUGUCCUUCUGGAAUGUUUCUAGUUUAUAUUUCAACUCCCUGUGAUGAUGCUAGUCUGGGAAAAGAACGUGCUGCCAUGAGAACACUUUUCACUGUACCUGACCCCGAUAGUUUUGAUGGAAUUUCCUCAAAUAAUGAAAACACGGGAGCAUCCAAGCCAACAGUUUUAUGGAGUGCCAUUUACAUUCAAGAGUUAACACAUGUGGCCUCAUUGGGUGCUAUAUAUUCGACUCCUAUGCCUGAUGAAAAUCUUGAUUACUGGAAUUCAUUGGAAUCAACAAUAAAGGUAAUACGUCUACUUCAUGAAGUCUGUUGGAUAUGGAUCAAGUAAUUUUUUUUUUUGGUUCUACAAUGAAAAAUCCCUCAUCCACUUUCCUGCCCAUGAUUCUAUACAUCAUCACUAUGAAUAAAAAAGAAAAUGUAAUAUGAUUUGAAGCUAAAAAUUUGUCUGAUUUUAUUUCAUUAUAAGUGAUGUUGGUCAUCUUAGGGUCUAAGGUUUCCUAAUGCAAUGAUAUGAAGUUAUGUACAAAAAUCAUGCAUAUCAAAUCACAAUUUGCAGAUUAUUAAAAUCAUGCAUAUGAAAUCGAAAUUCAGAAUUUAUUGAUCUUUAGUUUAAAUAAUUAUGUCACCUUUGAU